UACCAUGGCAACAGAGACAGGCUGUAGCCUGGAUUCCGGAAGCCGGAGAGCUGGAGCGUGGAAACUACCCGGUCAAAGGAUGCUGAGUCCCGAGCGCCUUGCUCUACCGGACUACGAGUAUCUGGCUCAACGACAUGUGCUUACCUACAUGGAGGAUGCAGUGUGCCAGUUGCUGGAGCACAGGGAGGACAUUAGCCAGUAUGGCAUUGCCCGGUUCUUCACUGAAUAUUUUAACAGUGUAUGCCAAGGAACGCACAUUCUCUUCCGGGAAUUCAGCUUUAUCCAAGCGACACCUCACAAUCGGGCAUCGUUUCUACGGGCCUUCUGGAGAUGCUUUCGAACCGUAGGCAAAAACGGUGACUUGCUGACCAUGAGGGAGUACCACUGUCUGCUGCAGCUACUGUGCCCAGAUUUCCCACUGGAACUUACUCAGAAAGCAGCCAGGAUCGUGCUCAUGGAUGAUGCUAUGGACUGCUUGAUGUCUUUUUCAGAUUUCCUUUUUGCUUUCCAGAUCCAGUUUUAUUAUUCAGAAUUUCUGGACAGUGUGGCUGCCAUCUAUCAGGACUUGCUGUCGGGGAAGAACCCCAACACAGUGAUUGUGCCAACGUCAUCCAGUGGGCAGCACCGUCAGCGGCCUGCCUUGGGUGACGCUGGUGUGCUGGAUGGGGUGGAGGCCUCACUCUUCUACCAGCGCCUGGAGAACCUGUGUGACCGGCACAAGUACAGCUGCCCACCCUCAGCGCUUGUCAAAGAGAUCCUGAGUAAUGUCCAGAGGCUGACUUUCUAUGGCUUCCUUGUGGCCCUCUCAAAACAUCAUGGAAUCAACCAGACGCUGGGAGCUUUGCCUGACAAAGGAGACUUGAUGCAUGACCCAGCCAUGGAUGAGGAGCUGGACCGGCUGCUGGUCCAGGUCCCAGGCCUGGUCAACUCCAUCACUGCCACUUCUGAGGCCAGCUGCCUGCCUUCCCGCACCCCUCCCCGGGUUGGUUCCCCAUGGAAACCCCUCCAUCGCUCCCGCAAAUUGGAUGCAGAGAGCGAUGGCUCCACUGAAGAGACAGAUGAGUCUGAGACUUGAAUCUGAAGGGUCCCAUCUGUGGCUUGUACCUUGCUCCACCCUGCUCUUGCUGCCCUCACCAGACUUCUCCAGUACCACUGUGCCGCCCUCUGCUGGAGAGAAGAGCAAAUAACAGUCCUGCAGCCACUAGAUCAGUGAUCCCAGAAAUCCCGUAACUCAUGCUCUCAGCUUUUGACAACCUGUUGGGCCCUAAACUGAAUAUUGUACCAAGGCCACUUCAACUUUGGGGAGGGCAUUGGCUUUUGCCUUUUGUUGGCAGUGCUGCUUAUGCUUUAAGUACAGUGUCUUUUCAGCCAGCCAUGAUCCUCCUAGUAAGGGUCAUUUUUCACAACUCUCGUAAGAACACAAAUUGCUAACACUGGGUUUUCAUGGUCAAGGGUGACUCCUGAGAGCAUGUGCUGGGAAGACAUAUCAACUGUGGCCUUCUGCUGGAGAAAUCAGCCACUAGCUGGAGUAAGAGGGAGGAUGGGCAAGAAUUUCACUUUCAAAAUCGGCUUCAAGUUUGUAUCAAAUAGUCCAAUCUCUGAAAUGAAUAAAGUCCCUGUCUCUGGUAAGCAAUGAGUCUACAGCCGGCAGGCUACAGGGAGGGGAACGGCAAGUGUGACUUGGGUGCUUUUUCUGAUGGGAUGGGAGGUGGAGCCAGGGGCCAUUCCAGCAUGGAGACCUGCCUCAGUUGACAGAGGACCUGGCCCUCAUACAGAUGAGGGCAGCCUUCAAAGCCCUCAGCAACACCUCAGGGUGCUCAGUGAGUUCUCACUACCUGGGAGUCCUUGUUCACAAGCUGCAGAACCUUUUCACCAGGGCUUCAUUAACCUCCCUGGUCAGGGCAGUAUUGCAGAUAUGCACAAAGCAGGUUUGGAGCAGAGGCUGGAAAAGUGAAUAGGUGAUCUUCA